GCCCUCUGCUCAGUUGCAGUUCAGCUCCGCGAGCGAUCAGACGUGUUUUUUCGCAUUUCUUCCCCUUUCUGGUGGCAUUUUUGGCAAAGUAUUUUUCUUUUUACUUUUUUUUUCUUGUUCUCGAUUCCGUGUGCGUGUGUGAUACAUAUAAACAACAAUGUCUGAACCAAUCCGCGUCGUGGUCACCGGUGCCGCCGGCCAGAUUGCCUACUCGCUGCUGUACAUGAUUGCCAAGGGCGAUGUCUUUGGACCGAACCAGAAGCUGAUCCUGCACCUGCUGGACAUUCCGCCGAUGAUGGGAGUGCUCGAGGGAGUCGUCAUGGAGCUGGCCGAUUGUGCCCUUCCGCUGCUGGCCGGCGUGGUCCCGACGGCCGACCCCGCCGUGGGCUUCAAGGACGUGAGUGCGGCCUUCCUCGUUGGAGCGAUGCCCCGGAAGCAGGGCAUGGAACGCAAGGAUCUCCUGUCGGCCAACGUGAAGAUCUUCAAGGUUCAGGGUGAGGCGCUCAACAACGUCGCCAAGAAGGACGUCAAAGUGCUGGUCGUCGGCAAUCCGGCCAACACGAACGCGCUGAUCUGCUCGCACUACGCUCCGUCCAUUCCGAAGGAGAACUUCACCGCGAUGACCCGGCUCGACCAGAACCGUGCCCAGGCUCAGCUGGCGGCGCGCCUCAGCGUGGGAAUCGACCGUGUCCGAAACGUCAUCAUUUGGGGAAACCACUCGUCGACGCAAUAUCCGGACGCGAAGAACGCCACCGUCGAUGGCAAGAGCGUGGUCGAGGCGAUCGCCAACAAUGACUACUUGAACGCGGAGUUUGUCGAGACGGUCCAGAAGCGUGGCGCCGCUGUCAUCAACGCACGCAAGAUGUCUUCGGCCAUGUCCGCGGCCAAGGCGGCCAGUGACCACAUGCGCGACUGGUUCGCCGGAACCAAGGACGGCGAGUUCGUCUCGAUGGGCGUCGUCUCGGACGGAAGCUACGGAACGCCCAAGGACAUUGUCUUUUCGUUCCCGGUGCAGAUCAAGGACGGCAAGUGGACCAUCAAGCAGGGUCUGGCAGUGGACGACUUUGCCCGUGGCAAGCUGGACGCGACCGCCGCCGAACUGCUCGAGGAGAAGGAGGAAGCGAUGGCCGUGUGCGCCGCCGAAUGACUACCCAAACUGUAAAACGGAAUGUUUGUAGAAACCAGAAGACGUUGAAAGUAAACUUAUGUCCCGAAAUUUUGCAUUUUUUUUUAUUCUUUUGAUGUUUCUUCAAAAAUUUUGUUUUACUGUGGAGAUGUCGACCACAAAACCCCGCAUUGAAGUACUAGUAAAGUAGUGAAAAGUUCAUCAAGUCAAUUGGAAGCUAUUAUUUGUUUUAUUUUUCCCCCAAUCAAAUUUGUAGCAAAAUAAAAACUAUUAGAAUUA